CAUUAGAGAACAGACGCAUCAUUCAGCUGAAAAUAGAACGUGUGACCAUCGGAAACCAAUUCAAACGGUUUCUUCCGCAUUCAACGAAACAACGGUUCGAACCAUCAUUUGUGCUGCACUUUUUGCGCUGGAAUAGAGAAAGUCUGCAAAUUUCGAACAUCCAGCAUCCAGCGCACAUUCGCAACGGCAUUGAUUGGGAAAUCGUUGAACAGCUCCAGCAGCCUGCGCCGUUCGCCGAGCACGAUCAAUACGGACGGUCACAUAUUGUCAGUUCCGAAACGAAAAGCCUCGUUUUCUCCUCCUUGACGAAAACUUGAAACAGUGGUCGUGAAGAGAUGUCGAAAAAGCCAACGACGGGACCCGCCCUGCACAAGGUGAUCAUGGUGGGCAGCGGUGGCGUUGGCAAGUCGGCCCUUACGCUGCAAUUCAUGUACGACGAGUUUGUCGAAGAUUACGAACCGACGAAAGCGGACAGCUACCGGAAAAAGGUCGUGCUGGACGGUGAGGAGGUACAAAUCGAUAUCCUGGAUACGGCCGGCCAGGAAGACUAUGCCGCCAUUCGGGACAAUUACUUUCGCAGUGGCGAAGGGUUUCUCUGCGUGUUUUCGAUAACCGAGGACGAUAGUUUCCAGGCAACGCUCGAGUUCCGGGAGCAGAUACUGCGCGUGAAGAACGACGAGAAUAUUCCGUUUCUGUUGGUGGGCAAUAAGUGCGACAUGAAUAACAAGCGCAAGGUGCCGCUGAUGGAGUGCCAAGCCCGGGCGCGACAGUGGGGCGUGCCAUACUUGGAAACGUCGGCCAAAACCCGUGAGAACGUGGACAAGGUGUUUUUCGAUCUGAUGCGCGAGAUACGCUCGCGAAAGACGGAAGAUCUUAAACCAUCAAACGGCCGCGUUAAGGACAGCUCUAAGCACAGGAAGAUCAAAUGUACGCUAUUAUAGAGUGUAGGGUUUGAUUGCGGUUGUAGGGUGAAGCGAUAAAAUACGCAGAUGUUGGAUCCAUUAUCACGCCGAUUUGUUUUCUGAGGGCAGAUUGAAACCAGAUAGUAUUGUGAGAGCAAAAAUUCCUUCCGAUAACGUCGAAAACGUUAUCUACGCGAACAAUCGUACAAAUAUCGUAGCAGGGCUCGGGAUGCUAAUACUCGUUGGGCAUGAUACCAGUCCUAUGGUCUCUGUUUGCUUUUUGAUGUUUUAUAGACUAAAUCGUUCCACGUGUUGUUAGUUUAUAAGCCUAAACCGACCUUGUGAUGUCUGAUAUUGAUGCGUGGUUUGGAAUUCCAUCAUUUUAAAGUGCAAGAGUAAAAACAAGCUGUCUACGGAUUGGUGAA